AUGGACUCAGGUAUUCAAAAGUUGAUGUCUGAGUAUCAGCUGCUAUUCUCAGAGCCAACUGGCCUUCCUCCUACCAAAGGCCCAUUUGAUCACAUAAUUCCUUUAGCCACUGGUAGCAACUCUGUCAACACCCGACCAUACAAAUACUCUUCUGCCCAUAAAGAUAUCAUUGAGAAACUGAUCCAAGAGAUGCUAGGACAAGGCAUCAUACAACCUAGCUCUAGUCCUUAUGCUUCCCCUUUGGUAUUGUUAACCCCCUAUGAAGCUCUUUAUGGUCAGCCACCCCCUAUUUAUUUGCCUUAUGUUUUUGGUGAUGUUGUGGAUAAAUAUGUGGAUAGAAGUUUAACAAUGAGGGAACUUAAGCUCCAAUUGAUCAAGUUCCAUUUGGCUCGAGCACAACAAAGAAUGAUCUCUUAUGCCAAUGCCCACAUAACUGACAAGAACUUCCAAGUUGGUGACUGGGCCCUGCAAAAAGUUGGUCCUGUCACCUACAAAGUAGCCAUAUCUGAUCACAUUGCCAUACACCCCACCUUUCAUGUUUCCCUACUCAAGCCUUGUCACAAAAUUCCUGAUGCUAUUCAUCAACCACCUGUUCUCGAGCUAACCAAUUUCUAUUGUCCAGCUCCUAAGGCAAUUAUUGAUAGAAGGAUGAUAAAGAAGGGCAACAAAGCUGUGGCGCAACUUAAUUUCUUUUUCUCCGUUCUUAGCUUAGCUGCUCAAUACCCCAUCAGUAAUUGGGAUACUAAUUUUUGGAGGUAUCGGAAAGCUAGGGUUUCGGGGUCAGGAGAGUACUCGGCUUCGGUAACACUUUUCAAGAAAAGUUCUGGGGAAGAAGAGAAAGAAGGGAGAAGCAGCAACAGAGACAGACGAAUACCUCACCAGAAAACACAAACGUCAAAAGACACAAAAAGAACCGUUAGCUGGUUAGAAAGACAGUUCACAAGACAGACGAAUCGGGAUCACGACUCCAAUAAUGGUGUUGACUACCCAACUGCAGUAGCUGUAGCUGCAUUUGUUGUAAAAUCAAUUGAAGACAAGAGCAAUAGAGAACAAAGAAAGACAAGUGGUGGAGCUGAUAAUCCUUUAAGCAAGAUACAAAGUAAAGCAGCUGAUAUUACUGGGAGACGUCAAAAAUCCAUUGAUGCCAAAGCUUCAAAAUCAAGUUCAAAAGUUCAAGACAAAAAUGUUGUAAUACGGACAGCAACGGUCAAUAAAGAACCAAUUACUAACUCUGUCCCGUCCCCUAAGAAGAAUGCAACCACAUUUGCAGAUAAGAACAUUGACAUCACAACUCCUAAAACGCCAGAGACUAUGGCGCCCAAGCUUGCCUUACCGCCAACUAGACAAUCUACGUCUCAACUAGAGAUGGCAAAAGGACCAAUUACAACAAAGCCUGGAACUGGAAAUUCUAAAGCAGAUAUUUGGGAGAAAGAAGAGAUGAAAAAGAUCAAAGAACGGUAUGAGAAGCUCAAGAAAGUAAUACAUGACUGGGAGACUAAAAAGAAGAAAAAGGCGAAGCGCCAUUUAGAGCAAACUGAGGCACAAUUAGACAGGCGAAGGGCGAAAGCAAGGGACAGUUUCUACAGUGAUAUUGGAAGGAUUGAACACAUAGCAGGAGGAGCCAAAUCACAAGCAGAGCAAAAUCAAGAAAAUGAAGAGCUUAAGGUGAAAGAGAAAGCAAAUAAAAUCAGAUCAGCUGGGAAAAUUCCAGCAACAUGUCCGUGCUAUUAAGCAAGUUCAAUUACAAGAAGGCCUUAAAUAAUGUACAAGAUUAACAUUUUGAAGAUCGCUCUAACUUUUAUGCAGGGAAACUGAGUCACUUGACUUCUUUUAUUGGAAAAGAAAAAAUAAACAAGCUAUAUUUUCUGAUCGA